GGGGCACUUGCUAAGCUGUCAUGUGCGACAGAUGCCUCAGGACGAUGAGGGUGGUAAUGAUGAUGAGGGUGGUAAUGGCGGAAGAGAGGUACGAGCGUGGGUGGAUGCUUUAUGAGAUGAUUGACAGUUGGGGGCAAUCCCGAUAUUGUGGUUUGCCCAGAUUUGCUCUACCAAAUUCAGUGUGAAUUUGACCGUUUUGAAAUUAGGUACCAUUUUGAUGUUUUCCAACACAAGUCAAGUUAUAUUUUCUUUGAAGAAGUGGAAAUAACACAUUUCUCAGUGAUGGAAGCCCUUGGCUUUGUUUUCUAUUGAUUGUUGGCUGCUACCGGGGAUCAGUUCAUGGAAGUCAGUCGUCGGCACUGUGAAUGUGAACAGAUGGCAGGCCAUCCAAGUAGAGGCUGAAGGUCACAUUGACAUAUUUUGUCUUUUAUAAAAUGACUGCUGUCCAUCUUUCUGAUAAUGACAUUGUGAGGAAAUAGGUAGCUAGGAAAAAUUUGUAAGUAAAUGAAUAGAAAGAUACGUAGGUAGAUAAAUAUGUAAUAAGAUACAUUUAUAAUUUGAAAUAAACUGUAAAUCAUCCUUUUCAAACCGCAGUCAACCUAUUUCUUGCCAAUGGGCCUUUGUUGACAAAUGAACAUGUGUCACAUAGCUGAAGCGCAGUGACGUGGUGACAUUAUCCUCUUUCCUCCUACACAGAUGUCUUAGUUCACAUGCAGAGAGCGCCUGACGCUGCACAGAUGGUUUAUUUAUUGAGGGGAUUAGCAUUUGACUUCACACAUAUGCUUCUGUACGGGCAGACACAAGUCAUUGGAUGUAUAGGAGAAAUAGGGCCACGUGAGUCGUAUUUCGGGGACAUCAUGUGUGAAAUGGUUGACUGCUGUUUUUGUGGAUUAUGUCCCUAGAAUCUAUGUCAUUGACCCAAAAAUAAGCCGUUUUUCCGAAGCCCGCAGCCCACGAUGUCUCAGCGCAUGCCCAACCAGGGGCAGGCGACGCGCCAGAUGCAGGCGCAGUACGGCACUAGUCCUAACCAGCAGUACCCGUACAACACCAUGCCCCAGAUGUAUAUGCAGCAGCCCGGCCAGGGCACCUAUAUCCCACAGCCACAGCCCAUGGUCAUCCAGUAUCAAGCCCCUCAAGGCAUCCGGCCCCAGUACAUCACCACGUCUCAACAGGGUCAGUUUGUGGCGACCCAGCCGUAUUAUCAGACGGGACAAACCAGUCAGCCCACGCCCACGUCAGAGUACAGCUCAGCACAGACCACCACAGCGCCUUUCUUCCAGAAAACACAGAUACGACAACCUACACCCACUUUGUAUUACCCUCCCUCCAACCCCCAACAGAUGACACUACAGCAACCAGCGCGGCCGCCCUCUCAACCCUCAGCCGCCAUGACUCCGCAGCAAACGUAUCAGAAGCGGGAGAAGAGGAUCAUCCAGAUCGUGAACCCGAACACGGGCAAGGACAUCACGGAGGACAUCACACACAUCAGCGGCGCUCAGAAAUCAGGCACACCUCCGCUGUCUGACAGCUCUAGUGCCAGGGACACACCAACUAGUUCAAGUACACCGCCUCCAGCAGGCCUCAAUCAGAACGAGAUUGCAGCCCAGUUUGCGGCACAAGUGGCCGCCACGUUAAAGCCCGGCAUGCAGCACCCUGUUCCCAGGCACCCAGACCACGUUGGCAUGGCAACGGCAGAACCAGAGGACCCUACCAAACAAGAGGACGCAGUGCAGCAGCCCACGGUGGCCACCACCACCACCACCAGCGAAGGUGGAACAAACCAAGAGGAAGAUGACACACUCCAAGAGAAGGACGUGCCUCAGGAGACCACAACGUCUCCACAGCAGGUCACAGUCCCCACUGCAGCUAGCUCAGACGUUAAAGACACUAAGGAGGUGGCUGCUGCUCAAAGAGCCAGUGAGGUUAAAACGGCGGAAGUCUCUGUGUCUAGCGCCACAGAGGUUGAUGUGCCAUUGAGCACAGAAAGGACUAGUGCCCCUGUAGAGGGCGAUGAAAGGACUAGAGAUAGUAGUGCGGUUAGUGGUGAAAGCACAGUUGAUGGUGCUGCCCCAAGUAAAGGUGCACCUGCUGCGGCACCAGCCGUGAAAAGGGAAGAAAUUGCAUCUGUUGUCAAGGAACCAGUAACUGCUGUCCAAGAGACUCCAGUACCAGCAGUUGUUCCGGAUGAAGGCCGGAAGGCGUCCCUGACCAGGAAGCAGAAGCAGCCAGAGCCGAGCCAGAAGGCAGAAGACAGGCCAGGAACUGACCUGGACGCCUCUGACAUGGAUCAGGCCUCCACUUCCCAGCAAUCCUCAGCUGACCAUGACAACUCCAGUAGUACUCCAGUAGUCAACAAUAUAGACAAACAACCACCACCCCCAGGGGAACAGAAGGGAGAACACAAGUCCAGACCAGAAACUAAACAGGGUCCUCCUCUGUCGGAGAUUAGUUUACCCGCAGAAAUGGUCAAAACUGACUCCAGUGCAUCACAAGGUCUUCAAGGUCUCAGUUUACCCGCAGAAAUGGUGCGAACGACGACGGCGGUGGCAGAUCAGCCUACAAAAGGGCUGUCUGGCCUCCAACUUCCUUCAGAAAUGAUGCGGUCGUCAGAAUCGACUAAAGAAGUCGCAAAUGUGGAGCCCGAGGAAAAAGGAGACUCUGUAAAAAGCAAUGCAAAAGCGGAUGAUAAAGGUGACCCAGCCUCGGUGAGGCAGGUGGAAAUUGAGGUGGUUGAGAAAGACAAUGAAAAUAAUGUGGCGGAGGAAAACCAGAAAAAUAGUGCCAAAACAUUGGAGAGUCAACAGAAAGGGGAUCAGGCUCCUCCCACUCCAGAGCUCAAAUAUGAAUAUAAAGAAGACCAGUGGAGCCCUCUGAACCCAGAAGGGAAGAAGGAAUACGACAGGGAGUUUUUGCUGCAGAUGCAGUUUUCUAGUGACUCCCUGACAAAGCCAGAAGGCCUCCCAAAACUCCCUGAUGUGAUAUUAGAACGGCCUCACAGUCGCCCAAUGAAGGGAAACUUGUACUCCGGUGCUCACAGUGGAGGGGUGGACUUCACCCCCGGGUUCGUCAAGUCUGCCGUCUCUCCCAGGGGUCCUGGAGGGCCAAUGGGUGGAGGUGGUGGGAGCGGCGGACGUCGCAGCCAGCAGAAGCCGCAAAAGGAGAUUAAGAUAAUCCGCAGUGUGCAGAUCAGUCAAGAGGCUCAGCUCAAACCCACCGAGAAUGCUUGGAAACCUGCCAAAAAGGAUAAUAACAAAGAGAAAGAUGAGGAGGCCAAGACAGAGGACUUACUGAGGCGUGUACGAGGUAUUCUUAACAAGUUAACGCCCCAGAAGUUUGCUGUGUUGAUGGAGCAGAUCCUGCAGCUCCCCAUUGACUCUGAACCCAAACUCAAGGGUCUCAUUGACCUAAUAUAUGAAAAGGCUGUGGAUGAGCCCAACUUCAGCGUUGCCUAUGCAAACAUGUGUAAACAUUUGGCCAGGCUCAAGGUGCCAGACGAGGCAGGUACAGGGAGAGAGGUGAACUUUAGGAAAUUAUUGCUCAACAAGUGCCAGAGAGAAUUCGAGCAGAAUAAUGAAGAUGAGACGGAGAAUGAGACAGAGAAGCAAAAGAAGCUUAAAGAACUCGAAGAGGCUGAUACGGAGGAGAAGAAAAAACUAAUCCAGAUGCAGAUAGAUGAAAAAGAGAUGAAGGCUAGGAGGCGGUCCCUGGGAAAUAUUAAAUUUAUCGGUGAAUUAUUCAAGCUAGAGAUGCUCACAGAGGCAAUUAUGCACAACUGUCUAUUUAAGCUGCUGAAGGCGGGUGAUGAGGAGUCUAUAGAGUGUUUAUGUAGACUAAUGAGUACCGUAGGCAAACUAAUAGAUCACCCCAAGGCAAAGCCCAAAGUUGACCAGUAUUUCAACCGUAUGAACCAAAUAGUCCAGCAGAGGAAAACCUCCUCCAGGGUGCGCUUCAUGCUCCAAGAUGUGAUAGAUCUGAGGCAG